AUGAGUUCCCCUAGCGAGAUGGAUUCAUCAAUGAAUGAUGAUAAGCCUUCCGAAGCUUAUGAUGAAUUGGAGGAAAUGAAUGAUAGGAAGAGAUCCUAUGACGAUAAUCAGGAGGGGUACUAUCAAGAUGAAGGUGAGGAAGAAGACAGUAGUGCUCUCAAGAAGAGAAAAACCUCAGCCUCUAGCGCCUUUUUGUGUGGAAGUAAAACACUUGUCUUGUCAGGAUCAACAUCUAGCGUUACGGAAAAGUUCCUUGCAUCAAAGAUGCCUUUCCCUGAUGGAGUUUUAAAGUACAUCUUUUUGAAGGAUGCUGUAGUUAUUGAAUUUUUGGAUACGCACUAUGCUCUAAUGUUUUUAUACCUCUAUUAUGACACUGGUAUCCAAUGUGAUGAUGGAUCGGUGCUUUCAGUAGAGUUUAAUGAUAAUCUAGUUGAAGGCAUUACCGUAUCAAUGCCAGGUAAUCAAUCUAAGAGUUUAGGACAGAGUGGUAAAGUUUUGUUCUGUCUUAUCUAUGACACUUUCCCAGUCGAAAAUUUUGAAAAGCAUGGCAAGAUUAUCAAAUUUAUCAAACUCCCAGAAUUGGACAGAGCAAAGAGAGUUAUUAUGGAAUACGAAACUUUAACUGAUUCUAACAAUGCCUAUGAAAAGUUGAAAAACCAUCAAUCACUCAAGUUAUACAAGUCUAAAAUUACCUAUCUAGUUAAUAAUGAAGAGGAUGAACGUGCUGUUCAAAAAGUUCCAGAUAUGUCAAGCAGUGCAUCCAAUGAGAAGCUUAGCUACGUGAUUCAAAUCACAGGCUUUACUUCCAACAAGGUAAACUGUGAUGUCAUGUUCAUUCUAUUCGGUGUUUAUGGAGAUGUUAUUAGAACUAAGAUUGUAUUCUCAUCACCAAAACAUGUUGCAUAUGUGCAAUUUAAGGACAUUGAUGGUGCCCAAAGAGCUAUUAAGUUUUUGGGUAAGAAUGGAACACCUUGUCCACUUUACAAUGACUUUAUUGAUAUUUGCUAUGCUCCAUUCCAGGAGAUUGAUGAAUCUGAACCUCUUGAAGAAGGUGAUGAAAUUAAAUCCUACUUGAAUUCUCCUCUUCACAGAUUUACAAGAGGAAGUGCUACUGGUAGACUUAAGAAUAUUGAACAUGUCUAUCCACCAAAUAAGGUUCUAUGUAUCAGUAAUAUCAACAUUAACUCUCAAAACACUACAUUGGAAUCAGAGUUUUCUAGAUAUAACCUCAAACCUGAAAAUAUUAAAUUCUUUGGACACAAGCAAAAGUUGAACACCAAGAUGGGAUUGAUUACUUUCCCAACUGUUAAUGAUGCUGUAACAGCACUUGUGGAAUGUCACGAUAUUAAGAUUGAUAAUUUCCACAUUAACAUCAACUUUGCUGAUCAAAACAAUGGAGUUAGAACAUUCAAUAAUAAUCAAGGAAAUGGUGACAUGACUCAUCAAUUUAUGCACAAACCUAUGGGUAACUUUGCUUUUAACAACUCUCCUCAUAUGAUGAAGUUCAAUCCAACACCUUUCUUUGUUCAAAGAGGAAGAGGUGGAAUUAGAGGAGGCUUUAGAGGUAGAGGUAGAGGAAAUUAUAACAACUAUAAUAAUAGUAGUAACUAUCCAAAACAAGUACCUGACAAUAACAAUACCAGACAAUAGUUUAAAAUUAUACUAAAUAUCAAGAAAACCUAAAAUUAUUUAUUAAGUUUGAAAUAAUUUUUUAUUCAUAUUUCUAAAUAUGCACUAAUCAAUAUUUCUAUUUUCGGAAAUAAGUUCUUCUCGUAAAAAACUAAAUAGUAUUGAAAUAUUAUAGCGUUCAUGUCUAAUUCGAUUAUCAUUUCUAUUGUUUUUUAUUCUUGUAGUGAUAGUACAGAAAAUACGAGUCUUCCAUAAUAUCCGUUAUUCUUCUCAUUAAACCUCUACAUGGAGCUUUUGGCUGUUCUAAUUCAGUUAAACCAAAUGAUGGCAAAUUUUGAAAAUUACACAGAGAGAAUUGUUCCCACAGUUCAAAGGCCUUUGGUCUUUUAUAAUUAGGGUCUAUGAAUUGAUAUUUAUUCUUAUCAGCUGCAUAUAUUUUAAAUUUAGUAUAACUUUCGGAAUCUGUUAAGUCGUGAAGAAGAGUAUCCUGUUGUUGCGGUGAUGAUGAAUUAUUUGGACUAGUUUUUUCCGUGUUAUUGUUGUUGCUGUUUGGUUCCAUUUUUUUGAUUGAAGCAAACACAGUGUUUGCUCUAGGCAAAUUGAUUGUCAGAAAGCAAUCAAUAUAAUAAAUUCGAGUUUUUACAUUUGUUUU